GAGUUUGGAAUGUGAUCUAUCUACUGAUCUUUGUUUUUAUUAUUCAAUGCAUCACACCCACUUUCCUUUAUUUAAUUGAGCCAGCUGGUCUCUUUUUUCUUUUUCCCUCCCUUAAAUUAUUUGCUAGAUUCUGUUUUCUUUUGCCUUUUUCUUUCUGGGUCAGGGUUUUCCUUCAAUAAUUUAUACUAUAUCCUUUUUAUCAUCCCUUCUCACUUACUGCUUCAAGCUCUUCGACUUUGGCCCUGUCCGGAAAGCAAGUACUUGAAUGCCAUUAAAAGUUAAAUCGUCUGCCGAGCUAUAUUUCAAGUGAUUUAUAUAUGGCCCUGGGCUUGCACUUUUCUCUCGCUUUUGUGGAGAGUCUUGCUUUGCCUCGAUGAUUGGGUUUAUCAUUUCGGAGUUUCCAGAAGUACAACAAGCAGACAAACGAUGUCGUUUGCCAUGGAUAGGUGAGGAAGAAAUUGAAGUAAGAGGAAAGAAUGAUUGCUCUCACAACACAGACCAUGCCGUGCACAUCUUCCGUUUUGGAGUGAUAUCUGAGUAGGGAUUUUACUUUCUAUGGGUGAAUUCAUGGUGGAUGCGCCGAUCCGUGAGGAUAAGAUGGGAGAGACGGUGGCUUCCAAUUCUUCUUUGCAAGUGUCUGUUUCGUUUGGUAGAUUUGAGAGGGAGUCUCUCUCUUGGGAGAAAUGGUCGUCUUUCUCUCCUAAUAAGUACUUGGAGGAAGUUGAGAAGUGUGCCACACCUGGAUCAGUAGCUCAGAAGAAAGCUUAUUUCGAAGCCCAUUACAAGAAAAUAGCUGCCCGGAAAGCUGAAUUGCUGGAUCAAGAGAGGCAAAUGGAGAAGGAUCGUUUGAAAUCAGAAGAUCUGAGUGACAAAACUUGCGGGACUGAUGCAGAAUUUGAUGCAUCAAACAACACUUGCAGGGCUGAUGCAGAAUUCCAUGCAUCCAAAGGUCAAGGUUCUUUCAUCAAAGAGAUUAAGCAAGCGACUAAUUCAACUAGUGAGGUCAGUGGGGUACAUAUGGAUGGCAUGGUAGAAGAUAUUGCAGAAUCCAGAGAUUAUCAAAGCACAUCAACUGAUGAAGAGAAAAAAGAACCGGAAAGCAGAUCAGAUGGUUCCCAGCUUGGUACUACAGAACCUGAAGCUGUCUACGCAAAAGAAGAAAGCCAUCCCAUUGACGCUGAAAAUGUGAAGGAGGAACUUUCAGGCAAUGUUGACAAUGGGAUAGCAAAGGGACAGGCAUCUCAAGUUGAAGCGAAAGAUGUGAAAUUGGAUCAUCAAAAGGAAUCUAAGAAGUUUGGACAGGUUAACCAUGUUAAUAAGGAAAGUAGUGCUACAAAGACAAAAAGGAAACAGGUGGUGCCUACAUCUAAGGCACACCAGAUUUCAACACCUAGAAGCUCAAGACCCACAUCAAUGCCAACCAAAACUUUACCAUCUGCCUCUUCAAAUAGAAAGGGAAAUUCUCCAUCUUUAUCUGGGAGGAAAACUCCAUCCACUCAGGAAAACAAAAGAGUUGUUAACAAAUCUUUACACAUGUCCCUUAGCUUGGGUCCAAGUAAUAAUGAUCCAGUUUCUCUUACCCCAGUGAGGAAAUCUUUUAUUAUGGAGAAAAUGGGGGAUAAGGACAUAGUCAAACGUGCAUUUAAGACGUUCCAGAACAAUUUCAACCAGUCCAAGACUUCUGGGGAAGCCAGACCCCUGGUAAAAGGACAGGUUCCUUCAAAAGGGACAGAGGCCAAGGCUCCAACAUCUAUUUCUUUGCGGAAAGAAAAUGGACGGCCUAGAACGGUUGACAGUAUGGAUAAAAGAAGCGGGAAUGUCGCCCGAAGUACUGUAGGCUUGAAAAGUGACAUUAGGGCAGUUAAAGGAAAAGAGCCUUCAAAGAAGAUGAUGGGAAAAUCUAAUGCAAAAGAGGCUGAAAGAACACGUCUUCAGUCAAAACCAAAGGAGGAAAAAUGGGCUGAGACAAAAAGGUCAAAGCAGAAUGUUAAAACGACAACCCUACCAACUUUCUACCGGGGCCAAAAGGUACCAGAAAGCCAUCCAGGAAAGGGGGUAUUAAGCCUGAGAAUCCUCGUUGAGGAAAGAGAAGGCGCUGAACACAUUCAGGACUAGUUAGAUCUGUCAUAUAAUAGUUUAGCCAGAGCAAGUAGAUCUGUGCCAUAUAUAUAUUGUAGCUUACGAACAAUUUGAGUAGUAGCAGACAGAGAAAAGAGUAAUGCAUCAUUUGUUUGCCAAUAAAUUUCUUCCCCAAACACCCUAUAGGCAAUUUAUGUAAUACAGAGCAAUGCUGUAUAAUGUCUAAAUUAUGCUAGAAGUCCAUGUUUUUAUGAUGCAUCUGAUUGCCUUGUGAUUUCUUCUCAUUAUUAUACUAUGCUUUAAACAAUUUGAAGAUGAGAAGUGAGAAACUCCAUUUCCAA